AUGGCGGAGGCGCAUGAGAUGUGAGACCAGAGCAGCAGCACAAGCAACAAUAAUUUCAGCGAUGAUAGUCCCAGUGGGAGCAGCCGAAGGAUAACGAUUGCCCCACUCGCAGUGCAGGAAGAAGUGGAACAGUUCAAGGAAGCGGAACUAAUUCAAAAGAUGGAUCCGGAACGGGGAGCCAAAGGGUUGGUGUCGAAACGCCCAACCACUUUGGGAUUCACCUUGAAGAUGCCACAGAAGCUACCUGAGUUCGCACAGUUCCAGCAUUGGGGAGCAUCGACUGCAUCGUCGUUAUGCGGCGCGACUUUAAACCGGUUACCAUUAGCUUCAGAUCUGUCGUACUCAGUGCGAACGGGUAUCUUUCGGAAAGGUCGGGAUAUCCUGAAGAACAUCAAUGGAGAGUUCCGCGCCGGUGAGCUGACGGCGAUCAUGGGACCGUCUGGAGCUGGGAAGAGCACACUGCUGGAUAUUCUGGCCGGUUACACCGAAAGUGAAUUCACCGGCGAGAUCUCGAUAAACAAACAGCAGCGUGAUUUGAAGCGUUUCCGGCGCCAGUCCGCCUACAUCAUGCAGGCCCACGACCUUCAGCCGCACCUCACCGUACUGGAGGCGAUGCACUUUUCGGCCAAUCUCAAAAUCGGCACCGAGCUUAGUCCGGCCAGUAAGAAAAUUCGGAUGAACGAAAUACUCUGUGCCAUAGGCCUUCAAGACAAUAAGAAAACGCGCACAUCCAAACUGUCCGGAGGACAGAAGAAACGACUGGCGAUUGCGUUGGAAAUUGUGAACAAUCCACCGGUGAUGUUCUUCGACGAACCCACCAGUGGGCUGGACAACUCCACGUCGAAGAAAUGCGUCGAACUGUUGAAGCAGUUAGCUCGCGAAGGUCGAACUAUCAUUUGCACGAUACAUCAACCGUCCGCUCUGCUGCUGAACAUGUUCGAUCAUCUUUUCACCGUUGCCGAGGGCCAGUGCAUUUUCAGCGGAACGGCUAACAACAUUGUGCCGUUUUUGAAAGAGCUGGAAAUAAUCUGCCCAGAGCACUACAGUCCGUCUGAUUUCUUACUGGAAAUCGCCACUCACGACUACGGACGUCAGAACGAUAAACUAGUUGCCAAAACGGAAAAUGGUAAAACCACGACCUACCGGCGACACGAACUCUUCACCCCCUUCCUGAUGCCGAUUCUGGAGUCCCCGGUUUCCAUUGAGCUUCCGGCGUCGCCGGUGAAGGAUCCGUCCAACUCCCCAUUCACCAAACCAAAGAAACUAGCCAAGAAAUUGUCGCUGAACCCGGAGAAGUGGUGCGGCCGAGACGAGGUUUACACCACCAGCUUCUGCCGUCAGUUUUCGCUGCUGCUGCUGAGGACAUUUUUAAUUUUGAGCCGAGAUCAGUCGCUGAUGACGAUGCGGUUCAUCAUCCACUGCUCGAUUGCUGUGCUGAUCGGGAUGCUGUACUUCGGCAUAGGGAACCAAGCCGCCCAAAUCUUCAAUAGCUUCAACUAUGUGUUCUUUUCGAUCAUGUUUCUGAUGUUCACCGCGUUCAGUUCGAUGACGAUGGCAUUUCCUCUGGAGCUGCCGAUCAUCACCCGGGAGCACUUCAACCGGUGGUACUCGCUGCGGGCGUAUUACAUUGCGAUGACGGUGGCGGACAUUCCGAUCCAGUUUCUUUGCACGGUAACCUACAUCUCCAUCACGUACUAUAUGACGGGACAACCACUGGAAGCGUACAGGAUGGGACUGUUUACGUUGAUUUGCCUGAUGGUGGCCUGGGUGGCACAAGGUUUGGGGCUAUUAGUGGCGUCGCUGUUUGAUGUAAAGAAUGGUGCCAUCUUCGGGCCCUUCUUCAUCUGCCCGUUUCUGAUCUUCUCCGGGUUCUUCAUCCACCUGAACGACGCGCACGUCAUCAUGCACUGGUUGUUCCACAUCUCGUUCCUCAAGUACGCCCUCCAGGGUGCAACGGUGGCCAUCUUCGGUUACGACCGGCCCAAGCUGGAGUGCGAGGAAACGUACUGCCACUUCGUGCUGCCAAAGAAGUUCCUCAAGGAGAUCGACAUGCUGAGCGCGGACUUUGUCGAGGCUGUGAUAGCCCUGGCGGUGAUUUUCUUCGUCUUCCGGGUGGCGGCGUUCUACGUGAUGCGCUACAGGCUGAAAAACAAAAGCUGAGCUGGGUUGUGAUAAUGGCGCCGUCUGCCGUGCGAACAGUGAUAUCGUCCCAGGCCAGAGAUUCGUAUCGUUCUUAGGAUAGUCAAUUCAGAUAGGUGAAACAUGUGCAUCAACAAAGAAGUCGAUUUGACAUUCCUUUCCCCUUGUUUUAGUGCUGUGUUGAAUUAUAUUUCCCGCACGGGCAAGAACAGUAAAAUCAGGUAGGGUUUAAUAUGAAUAGUCAUCCAAAAGCAAGCGAAUGAGUGUCGAUUUUAUCGUUCAAAAUUUAGUUAGUCUUGCAUUUAGCUAGCUUUGUUAACAAUUAAGGGUGUAUUCCUUAUGAUUUAUAUUUUAUCUGAAGAAUCGAAUGUGUAAUAAAUAAGUUUAUUGAAAUAUCUUCAA